CGCCACUUUUUUACUGUGACUUUAUCAGUACAUUUGGUUUAGUUCGUUUUUUUGCGUUCUACGUCGAUUAUCGGCUCCCCUGAAAUCCUAUUCAUACUUAUUUCCCUUCUCAAGUUAACUUCCUUUCCCAAUUAUGUCACCACUGUCAUGAAAAAGAAAGUGAUUACACUGAGUACAUCUGCUUCAUUCUCCUUUUUCUGUCCUCCAGAAUCAUUCCACACUGCCAUCACCGAAAGAGGGCCAGGAGGCGGCUGCAGACAGCGAGCCCCAUUUGAUGCGAAACCUUUGUGUGGAGCAAAAAAGGCUGUAAUCUACCGGGAGAUCGUUGAAAAAGCGAUACACGAAUCAUUCCACACUGCCAUCACCGAAAGAGGGCCAGGAGGCGGCUGCAGACAGCGAGCCCCAUUUGAUGCGAAACCUUUGUGUGGAGCAAAAAAGGCUGUAAUCUACCGGGAGAUCGUUGAAAAAGCGAUACACGAAUCAUUCCACACUGCCAUCACCGAAAGAGGGCCAGGAGGCGGCUGCAGACAGCGAGCCCCAUUUGAUGCGAAACCUUUGUGUGGAGCAAAAAAGGCUGUAAUCUACCGGGAGAUCGUUGAAAAAGCGAUACACGAAUCGUUCCACAUUGCCAUCACCGAAAGAGGGCCAGGAGGCGGCUGCAGACAGCGGCCCCAUUUGAUGCGAAACCUUUCUGGAGCAAAAAAGGCUGGAAUCUACCGGGAGAUCGUUGAAAAAGCGAUACACGAAUCGUUCCACACUGCCAUCACCGAAAGAGGGCCAGGAGGCGGCUGCAGACAGCGGCCCCAUUUGAUGCGAAACCUUUGUGUGGAGCAAAAAAGGCUGGAAUCUACCGGGAGAUCAGUUGAAAAAGCGAUACACGAAUCGUUCCACACUGCCAUCACCGAAAGAGGGCCAGGAGGCGGCUGCAGACAGCGGCCCCAUUUGAUGCGAAACCAUUGUGUGGAGCAAAACAGACUGGCAUAUACCGGGAUAUUGUUCAAAGAGCCAUACAGGGAGAACAUAGCUCCAACCCACUCAUCAUCGGUGCUGGUCGCCACAACCGAGCUUGACGUGGCAGGCAGGGUCGACAAGGGGCCUUUGCGAUUCAUCCUCCACCGCGCCCUCGGCCACCACCCGUCGUCUGAGCCGACGCAACUGCCCGGGUAG